UGCAUUCUCGUAACUCAAGUUCAAAACAUUGCGAUGCUAUCAUGAUACUAUCGUGUAGUUAGUGCUGGUUAACACUGUCGGUUAAAACUUUGUUAAAACGUGGUUACAUUUGAUAUACAUUGAUCUUAUUUGUUGCUGUUACUUAUUAUUCAUGAGAAAUUAUUUAACGAUCAGAAAUGAAGACAGCGCUGGAUCCGGUAUAUGUGCAGGACUUUCUAUUUAAACAGUCAAAUACAUCUCAAGUAUUUGAUUUCAAAAUUCCCACAUACAUUCCUCCCGCUUGUAGCCUUCUUGUGGCGGAUAAGAAACGAGGACUGUUAUAUGUAGGACAUGAUGACAAAAUUACCGUUUUAAAGCCAGCAGAGGAGAACAAUCCAGAGUGGAAGAUAGAACUUCAAUUGCCAGGAAUUAUAUCAAAGAUUGCAAUUAAUUGUGAUUAUAAUUAUAUUGCUAUAGCUGUAGCACUGAAGCCUACAAUAUUGAUAUAUGAUGCCCAUUCACUAGCUAGAAAUAGUCUCAUUCUACUACUUGAAAUAACAUCGUCAAAUAAGUUAGACAGUUAUGUGACAGAUAUACGAUGGAAUCCUACUGUACCUGCACAUCUUUGCACUAUUACUAGUGAUUGUACCAUUGGUAGCUUCCAGUUAAAAGUGGAGGAAGAAGUAAGAGAGAAUUCUAUACCAAAAGUAUCUGUACUUUCCAAAGUGUCCAACGAACCGCAAGCACUGUGUGCAUCAUGGAGUCCCAAGGGCAAACAAAUAGCAGUUGGCUGCAGAAACGGAGACAUCGUUCAAUUGAGGCCAGAUACUUUGAAGGUUGCUAGGACUAUCGCAGGUCCCUCGCCAUUUAUCGGAGAAAUUAUUAGCCUUUUAUGGAUCAGCAAUUAUCAAUUUUGUGCCGCUUAUGUGAACAAUGAGCGGAACAUCAAUGUUCUCAUUGUCGACGCGCCGAGAGGAGAGACAAACGCUAUAUUUACAUGUUAUGAAGAUAUUACAUACGGAUAUCCCGACGCUGACGGGGAAGGAAACGCUCCUCGUUAUUAUUUCGAGCAUGUGCCAGAGUGGGGACUUAUUAUGGCGGGUAGUGGCACCAGCAGUGAUAUAGCUGUAUUAGGCACUGUAGAUGGGGGUGUAAAUUGGAAUCAGUGGCAAUUAAUCGACAGUGGCAGAGCACUAUUGCCUCUGAUAAGAACUACAGAAGUUUAUCCGAUAGGUUUGGCUGUAGACAAAUCUCCAACUAAUAAACUAUUGUGGAGCGCGGAAUCAACAUUGCCUCAUCCAGUUCCCAUUUUGCAUAUUCUUGGAACAUUCGGAAGAUUGUGCAGCUUUCACAUGGUUAACUUAUCGCCCAACUGUCAUCCCAUUAAUUCACCUCCCACAGAAAUUGUCACGGCUCCGCCUCCGUCACAACCCAGUGCUUUACCCGAAAUGUCGUUUAAUAUAAAUACCGCAGUGACCAGCACGCCGCGUCCAAAGCAAUCGGAGAUCAUGCCAGAACGACCAAAGCCCGCUGUAGUAACGAAUAUAUUUGGUGAUUCUCUGAAAGCAGCAGGAUUCUUCCAACAACCCGUGGAGCAGCCGGCGGAACAACCAAAACUGCAAGAAGAAAAACCUGCGCCGAUCACGAUUAUAAAACCGAUUGUGCCCAAAGAGCCGCCGCCGGAACCUGCAAAGCCGGAAAUCAGAUUAGCGGUGGAUAAUAAAGAAGCAAGCUCGCCACAAGUGGUGGAACGGAGAGCUUCCAUCGACGACAGCAUACGGAUGCGAGCUUAUCUCCAGGAACAAGCGUUGUUUGAGAAAGAAUUGCGAAAUAGGCUGGAACCGCAGGUGUGGGAGUGCGGCACGCUCGAAGAGAAGAAGCGACUCAGCGAGAUAACCGCAGACAUAGAAGAUUUUCUGAGAGAGCUAAACGAUACGACAAACGGCCUGUCCACCGAUAUAGCGUGCUUAAAAGCGCUGUUGCUUCAGUCGUUCGCGUGGGUCGAAGAAACGAAAUCGAAGAACGCAGCCAGUGCCGAUACUCCCUGCAGAAACUGCAGUGAAAACAACAAGAUAGCGGAUCUAAAACGGUGUUUUUACUACAUGCACACACAGCUCGGUCAAAUCAGUAAGAUGUUGGAUUUGGAAUGGUCGGAGCAGAAGGCGCGGGAAAAGUCGAAGAUGAAAAUUCCCAGCUUGGAGUAUGUGUAUCAGAAUCUUCUGAUGUACAGCAGGAUUAUCGCGAAGCAAAACGAGAAAACCGAGCAAACCGCGCGUCUGUGGAAGUCUUGUAAGUGCUCGUUGGGAUAUUCUACGGUCGUUGAAGUGGCCAGUCUCGACCGCUCCAUGGCGAGUCUGCAUCUAAAUACGCCGAAAUCACCAGCGACCACCAUGCGAGGAAAAACCGAUGUCAUAGACGCACGUUGCAAAGCUAUCGCCAAAAGAACUCUCUGUUUCACGCAUGAAAAGCAGGUUAAACUAAAGGCAUUGCUCACCGAAUCUCCACCGAGAAUCAUCAAGUCGAUUAAUCCAUCACCAGUUCAAGAUCGUUUGAAGGCUACACUGUCUUCCUUGGCAUCUCACAGUUCUGCAGUCACGCAGGAAGCUAAAACUAAAACCGAACCACCAAUUGUUAAACAAAAUACCACCGUCAAGCAGACAGUUGAGAAGCAGAUCAAGUCGCAAAGUCCCCUCGCUUCGUUGAAUAGUAUUGUUGCUAGGAUCGGUUCGUCCGAUACAAACGGCGCCGCUGUGCAGAAUAAAACGCAGCAGAAGCCACUUCCUGCAACUGUCUCAUUCUCCACUACGAUUUCUACGAAACAAACGGACAAGAAACCUACCGUACCUACGGUAACUCCCAUGAUCUCUCAAUCAAAACCGAAACAGGAGCCGAAUGUUGGCUUUCCGUCGUCCAUCACGUUCGGAACGUCAGCGGCGAAACCUCAAGAAAUCCUCUUUCCCAAGUCCCCCCUUAUGGACGCAACUGCCAGAAGCAAUAAAGAAUUAACGACGAACGACGGCGUCCCCAGAGCGGCGGAGUCUGCUUUGUUCUCGACUGGAUUAUUAAAGGACGUACUUUCGACGGAGUAUCCGCUAUCGGAUACGGCUCGUAUCGUUCGCAAUCUACCGUCACUUUCAGCGGCGCCGGUGGUGAAAACCGAUGCCGCUUCCACGUUCAGUUUCGCUGGAGCCAACAUAGUUCCGUCUGUCGCGAAGAGUUCCUCGUCCGGUACCGCGCUCGACACGGUGAUGUCCUUCGCUUAUGCGAAAUCCGCGCAGCCUACCGUGGAAUCGUCUAUAGCUCAAGCACCGAUACAGACGAUGGAUUUCUCGGCUCUGUCUUUAGGAUCAGCCAGUGCGUUGACUCUUCAAUCGGCGAAUCUUUUGAACAACACCGCCGAUGUCAAGUUAAACGCGCCCACGACCUCCAUGAGCUUCGCUGUAUCCGAGCCGGUUAUAACAGCACAGGCACCCACCGUUGCUGCUACAACCGUUGCCGUUAUAGGCGGGAUUACCAUUAGCCUCGCGGACACGAGGACCGCGUCCAACGUGGAGCGCAAGUCAACGGAGAUGCCAUUCACCAGUCCGGUCGCCAUUGAAAAGAUCACGCCGGAGAAAGCGCCCGGUUUCGGAAUCGCAGCCGCCCAGGCUGCUCCGACUUCGUUAUCCGCGGCACCGAUAUUCAGCGGCCAGACUGUUAUCAAGAAUAUGGUUCCGGAAGUGACGACUACACCGUCCACUACAACGACCUUCGGCGCGGCUGCUUUCCCCUCGAUCGCACCUACCUUUGGAACGUCAACCUCAGCGCCGACGGCGUCGGUCUUCAGCAGCUUCGCGAAUGCACCUUCUGCCGCGACUCCUAGUUCUUCAACGACACCCGCAAGUGGCACCGUGUCUCCUUUCCAGAGUUCCCUGAAUAAAGCGACGUUCGGUGACACCGCCGCCACCAGCAUGCCGGCCACGAGUUACGGGAUUAGCUCUGGCAAUACUUCCGCGGGUACGAUCUCGUUCGCUACGGCGGCAGCGGUGGCGACGACAUCGGCAGCGGUUUCGAUCACGCCAGCAUUCGGCAAAAGCCUGGUAGGAUCUCCGGUGUCGAACGCGCAGUUCUCGAACGUUCAGCAGACACCGGCGUCCACAGCGAACGUUUUCACGAAGCCGAUACUCAGUCCCCCGUCGACGCUGUUCGGCGGCACAUCGGGAUCCGUGUUCUCCAAUAUACCCGCCACAUCCCCGAACACCUCUAUAUUCGGCGGCAGCAGCGGCGGCAGCAGCAGCAAUAUGAACUCCAUCUUCGCGCCGUCAACUCCAUUGCCUCCGCCGAGCGGAGAUAUCUUCGGCGGUAACACAGGAUUCGGUACAUCGGGAUCUAUAUUCGACACCAAUACUCCGAAACCUGGUAACAUGUUUGGCGGAGCGACGAACACGGCACCUAUUCCGUUUGGCAACACAAUGAGCAAUGCGUCGCCGACGGCAACCGGCGCUUCACCCACCGGCGGCAAUGUUUUCAGCAGGCCUGCUGCUGGGCCCAACACGUCCCCGAUACAGCAAUCUGUGCUUGGUAAUCAACCAGCCUUCGGACAAGCUCCUGCGUUUGGCGCUAAACCGGUGUUCGGAUCGUCACCCGUCUUCGGAGGGUCUAAAACAGUUUUCGGAGGCAGUAGCUUUGGCACGUUUCCCACGUUUGAACCUACCAUCGUAGAGGGAUUUGGAAAUCAACCUGCUAUGCAGGGAGGCUCUACAAUGGAAAAUAUGCCGAAAGUUUUUGGAGAGGUAGCAAGCAACAGUAUGUUCGAAUCUUUAGCCAAUCAACCAGGUGGUCUCAGUUUCGGUAGUUUAGCUCAGAAGAAUCCCGAACCUGAAAAACCAACGUUCACUGCCGGCAGCUCGUUCUCCAGUUGGAGAUGAACAAUGUACAGUUGCGGCAGGAUACUUAUUUAUAAAACCAUCGUGCGCUAAAUCAUUCACCGAAUAGGAGCCAAGAAUGAUCUAAUUACAAUCAUGUGCAUAUUGUCUUAUAUUUAGAAAAACUUUUUAUGAAAAGAAUUGCGCUCUAUUAUAUCUUUUACUGUUGUAAUAAAUGAGAACAAAA